GCGGCAAACGGAAAAUGAAUGAUGUUUCUGUCCAUGUGGUUUUUAUUGUUAUUCAGAUGUAAAUGUUAUUAAAAAUGAAGGAUUUGAGUGAAACAAACGCUUCUCAGAAAGAAGCUGCAGUGUCUGCUUCUAUUUUGGACCAUUUCGAGUUGCUGAGAAAUCCCAAAGAUGACACGAAAUUAACCGGUGGCGCUAAGAUUUUAGCGAGUCUUCAGGGCAAUGAGAGUGAAAAAUGCCUGCAAUAUGUAUUGAAAAGAUUAGUGCGAAGUCUAGGCGCGAAUGUUCCCGAAGUGCGAACAGGGUACUUUGCGACUCUCGUAGGGCUGCUCACGAAGUUCGACCAAAUAAGUGCUUCGCAACUUUUCGAGCUAAUUAAGAAGGAGCUGCACGCUAGUCGGUCUUCUAAAAGUGAAGUUGGAGAUGUAGCUCUGGGUCAAAUCCUGGCAUGUGGAUCUAUAUUACGUUCUGGUCUGAUGUUACGGUGCUCUCAAGAUGAACAGAAACAGGUAGUUGAUAUGUUGCUGGCUGCUAGUAAGAAGAAAAGCUACUUGAACACUGUUACACAUUUGAUACUGCUGGAUUUUCUUAAUAGGCUAAACGAAGAACAGUUUUCAACAAUGAUCUGGCCGCACAUAAAAGAAGAUUUUAAGAAAGAACUCAAAGAACACACAUUAGAUUCAAUUUACUUUCUAAUCGUGGUCAGCCAAAAGUUUUCCAACAAAGUGAAGCUUAAGAAGCUCAUUGGUACUACCGUGAUAUUGGCUGAAGAGAAUUUACAGGAUAUUUGUGACAAACUUAUGGGAGGUAUUGACUUCAACACUGCCAACCAUCCAAUCUUUAAGGAAGUGGGUACUCAAAUUGCUAACUCACCACAUUUACUACAUUUUUGGACUACAGGCAUUGACUCACACCUUGUGAAACACAAUCGUAACAGAGAGCUAGUUGCUAUUAACAUUCUAACUGCCAUACUUAACAAUAUAAAAGAAAAUUACAUUAUAAUACCAGAAUUAUUAAGUCGAAAUUUCUUUAAACUUUUCAUGGAUUGGUUCAAAGGGCUCCAAACUGCCAGCAAAAUCAGAAACAAAAGAGAUAAUGAAGAUGAUCACAAAAUCAUGAUUAAAAAAGAAAAAGAACUCCUCAAUGCAUUGGCUAAGGCUAUGAAAUCAGAACAAGUUAACAGUAAAGUUAGGAUUGAAGUACUAAAAAAGCUGCUUCUGAAUCCUGGAGAAAUGAAUUUCACAGAAAUUACAGGAACAUCUAUUGUUAAAGCUACAAUAGCUGAUUUGGACAAGGAUGGAGUAAAAAAAAUGGCUAAGCUCUUCAAGGGUGUACUUCUUAAUACGUCUAAGAAAGCUAUAAAGGAGAAUGUGGAAAGAAACUGGUAUAACAAUGAAAGGGUAAAAGCUGCAGAGUUGCUGUCUUACUUGGUUAGCCAUGAGACUAUGAAAGAUGAUACAGAGUUCAGACUGACAUAUAUGAAAAUAUUGAUGUGCUUUGGAUUCUUUAAGAUUGGGGGAGACGAAAAUGUUCCAGUUAGCAGUGACUUAUCAGGUUCUAUCAAGUCCUGUUUUUACCGCUGCUUCACGUCACAUUUCUCCAAAGUAGAUAAUUUAGUUACAGUCUUGUCUUCAUUAUGUAAUUUUAUUUGUGCUAUCCUGAAAAAGGAAGAAGUUCGAGCUAAAAUGGAAAAACAGUUCCCUGAAGAGAAUAUGGAAUGCUGGAACAUGCUGAAAGAAGUUACUGAGACUAUUGAGAAGAUUGAUAACAAAUCAAAAAUUGAUAAAGUCUUCUUGAUUCUAUUAUAUCAACUUGGUCUGUUCCUGUUCUCAGAUCCUACAUAUGUGAAACUGGCCAAGAGUUCAAUAAAGGAGCUAAAGAGCUGUUAUGAACAUUUCAGGAAAACCAAGAAAAAAAAACCCAAGAAAGAAAACUUAUUCGAUGAACCAGAAUGGAUAGAGGUGUUGGUUGAAGUUUUGCUUUCUAUCCUGUCCGCGGAAUCAAGUGUUCUUAGAUCAGUUGUACAAUGCGUGUUUAGGCUUCUUUGGGAGUAUCUUACACCAACUUCUAUUGGACAGAUUGUGUCUGUGUUAGAUCCCGAAAACGAAGAUAAUCCUCUGACAGAUGGUAGCGAUUCUGAAGCUGAAGAUGGGGUAGCAAAUGAUGACGAGAGUGACGAUACAGAGAAUGAGGACGAAAACAAGGAUGACGAAAGUGACAGUGAUGUAGAGGAUGAUGAUGAUGAUCAAGAGAUGAAAACCCCCGAUCAACUCAGAAUGGCUGUCCAGAAAGCACUUGGCGUUGCUGUAAAUGAAUCUGAUGCAGAGAGCGUAGAUGCCGAUAUGAUUGACGAAGAAGAGGGCAGGAAACUUGAUGAAGCUCUUGCAGAAGCUUUUAAACAAUUCCACACAGGGAAAGGAAAAAAAUUAAAGAAAGAGCGUAAAGACAAAAAGGCUUUGUCAGACUUUAGAAUAAGGGCUCUUGAUCUUUUAGAUAUUUAUCUAGAAAAAGAUCCAUCAAUGGACAUAUGCUUAGGCAUGAUCGCUCCUCUUACAAGAUGCUUAGAAUUCUGCCUCGCCGAUUCGCAGUUUACUGAACUCGGCAACAGAGUCAGAAAAACAAUAAAGUUACUUACAAAAAUGCGAAAAUUUUCGACAACUGCAGACGUGACUAUUGACGUUUUAUGUGAUUAUUUGAAAGCUACGAUAGACAAGGGUUCAAGGUCACAUUUCAUGUUUCAAGCUUUGGGUGACGUCAUAACUUAUUUUGCAACAUUUAUAAUACACUGCUCACAGAAAAUUGAAAUCAGGAAACCUAAAUCACUAGCCAAGAGCAAAAAUACUUCAUCGCCAUUAGUAGUAAUCUUCAAAGAUGCUCUGCAGAAUUAUUUCCAGCAACGAAAUUGUUUACUCCCCAUUAUUUUCUUCCACAACGUUUUACAGUGCGAGUGGGAUGGAAACUACGAAAUAGUUCCCAUUCUAGUAAAGAAUGUUUUUAGUAACGAAGUACGUCAAUUCCGUCGGAACGAGGGCUUGGAGCUAAUAGCAGGUUUCUAUCGCUCCUUGAAAAGGUGUAAACCCACAUCUGAUAAAAUACUAAAAACACUAUCAGAAAUGGAAUCUGAAUUUGAAUACACGUUGAAGAACGCCUUACAAAGAGAAGAUUUCGAAGUGAAAAAUAACUUUUUUGUCGUAUUGAAAAAAUUGCUCAAAACAAUGGAAGAUUUCCAUACAAGCUGCCAACUUCACUCCAGUAUAGAUUUUAACGCAUUGUCAGAAUUUAUUAGUUCGAGCAAGGGGACUGUUAAGAUUAAGAAUAACAAUAAAUCUAAAUCAAAUGAAACUCAAAUUCAACAAAAUGCUAAUCAGAAGAAAAAGAAAAAGAAGAACAAGAGGAAACGGAAAGCAUUUCAAAUUAAUGGUAAUGUUGAACCACCACAGAAGAAAAUCAAGACAGAGUCUGCUCCUGAAGGUUUAAGUGAAAGUGAAUAA